UUGCAGAUGCCACACAUGAUGCAAAUGACUAUGAAAAAUGACUCUUCAGUGUCUGAGUUCUUUCUUAUGGGACUGACAGACCAACCUGAGCUCCAGCUGCCUUUAUUUAUUCUGUUCUUGGUGAACUACACAGUCACUGUGAUGGGAAAUUUGAGCUUAAUGAAUCUUAUUUGCCUAAACUCAAACCUUCACACUCCUAUGUACUUUUUUAUCUUUAAUCUGUCCUUCAUUGAUUUCUGUUAUUCACUUGUCUUUACUCCCAAAAUGCUGAUGAGUUUUGUUUUAGAGAAGAACACCAUCUCCUUCAGAGGAUGUAUGACUCAGCUGUUUUUCUUCUUCUUUUUUGUGAACUCUGAGAGUUACUUGCUGACAGCCAUGGCGUAUGACCGCUAUGUGGCCAUCUGUCAGCCAUUGCUGUACAAAGUUGUUAUGUCCCCUAAGCUCUGCUGUCUGUUGAUAUUUGGUACUUACUCAAUGGGAUUAAUUAGUGCCUUGUUCCACACAAGUUUCAUGAUCAGGCUCAGGUUUUGUGAUUCUAACAUCAUCAACCACUACAUGUGUGACAUCUUCCCACUCCUUAGGCUCUCCUGCAGUAACACCUACGUGAAUGAGCUUGUGAGUUCUGUUGUGGUGGGUAUAGCUAUCAUUUUAUGCUGCCUCAUUAUCUUUAUCUCAUAUGCUUUGAUCCUUUUCAAUAUCAUUCAUAUGUCAUCAGGUAAGGGUUGGUCCAAAGCCUUGGGCACUUGUGGGUCUCACAUCAUAACUGUUUGUCUCUUUUAUGUAUCUGGGCUGCUUGCUUAUGUCAAGCCAUCAUCUGCUGAGACUGUGGGCCAGGGCAAAUUUUUCUCGGUGUUUUACACUUUUUUGGUGCCCAUGUUGAAUCCUCUCAUUUACAGUCUCAGAAACAAGGAUGUCAAGCUUGCUGUGAAGAAAACCUGGAAGAGACUCACAAGCUAAU